UUUCAUAGUACUGAUGUUAGGGAGUAUAGGGUCCAAGUGACCAGAAAAUUAAGUGUUGGGACCAAGUUAAAAUUUUGGGGAACUAUACGGACAAAAUGUUCAUUCAUUGUAACCUACAUUUAAUAAUGACAUCUAACCUUAGUCUUUGCUGCAGAUUUUGAAAAUAACUAGUCAAUACCUGGGUAUGGCAUGGACCAACCUGAGGAAUAAGCUACGUUAUUUAUGGCUUGUGAUUAUUGUAGUCUGCUUUCUGCAAAAGAGUUCUUAGAUGUGGUGGAGAGCUUCACAAAAUUUCCCUUUCCUAUCACUUUUCAUGGGAUUGUUAGAUGUUUGGCCAAAAAAAAAAAAGGAUUGUUAGAUAUUUUCAUCUUGGUGUUUGAAAACCUUCAAUAUGCAUGUUAUCUGGUUUACGGCUAUGCUUAUUCUAAAUGAAUUUAAAUGUUUAAUGUUUAUGUUCACAUUAAUCAAGCGGUAUGGAUUCUGUUAAGGAGUGGUAUAUCUGCUUGAAACUGCCAAAUGAUGCCGGGAGAUUGCGCAAGGGCUUUGAGUUAUAUUUGACUAUCAUAGUCAUUAUAAACAGUGAAAAAAGUUUCAUUGAGAUCCCAUCUGAUGGCAGUUUUGGUGUGUGACCGGUUAUAUUUUAGUAUGAUAUUUAACCUGACCUAUGGCUGCAGGUUUUGAAAAUAAAGAGUGCUCUGCUGUUCUAUCAGUAUUAGCAGCGUUCUUAGUUGUUGUGCAGUACUUCGCAAGUUUUCCUUUUAACUAUUUUUGUCGUAUUCAUGGUGUUCUAGCUCUUUUUUUGAACGCCUUCAACAUGCAGGUUAUUGUCUAGUGUUAUUGUCAUGGGCGUUGUGCAUAGGUUUGAUGUCUGAUUGCAUCGUGUUAUGAUUGGCAUUCUUCAUUGAAACCCACAUUUUAUGUCUCAACUUGAAGCAUUUGAAAGUAAAUGCUGUUUCAGAUAUAGAGAAAACCAUAGAAAAGGAUUUAAUAAUUAUGAGGUUUUUCUCUUUCCUCUUCUUUUCUGUUGAAAUAUUCAGGUUUCAAGACUGGUUGCAGAUUGAAAAAAUGAAGCAUAUUGUGAAGAUUAUAACAUUAUUAAUGGCCAUUACCACUGUAUGGGUUGGCCUUUUACAAACUUCUACCAUUCCAAGCAGCCAUACUUGGUUGCUACCUAUCUAUUGUGUUGUGUCUUUAGGAUGCUAUGGCUUAUUAAUGGUUGGAGUAGGUCUCAUGCAAUUUCCUACCUGUCCUCAAGAGGCCCUGCUGUUGCAGCAGGACAUUGUUGAGGCCAAGAGCUAUUUGAAGCAAAGAGGAAUUGAUGUCAAUGGCAGCUGA